AUGUACCAAAGUAAGGCCUGCGCGCGGCCUCCAGUGAGCAUUCGUAAUCACGAGUGCUCGACGCCGCACACAUCCGACGAACUCACCGUCAUCGCGCGCGACAACAUCGAGGUGAACAUAUCAGCGGUGCGCAACUUCGGGCGGGAGCUCGCCACGCUCUCUGAAUACGUAUGCCAAUCGCUUGGCAUUCUUGCCCUCGGACAGUGCUCGACAGGAAAGCGCGAGGUAGAUUCG